UGUUUACCAGAAUUACCAGCUUACCAGGAGACACCCGAAUCUCUAGAAACUAAAAACUUGCUAAACCUUUCAAUCUCUUGCCACUGGUUCGCUGCUCGCUGGCAUCACACACCCUCGUGCAACCAAUCCACAUGUCCUCACCAUUCCCCUUACCGCCUUCGUCGGUACCCAAUGCGACCUCUCCCGCCGACGACGAGGGCAACUCGCUACCUAUAGGACGAGGGAUCAACCUACCGAUCUUGGAUCCUCUCGGCUUUACGAGCAAUCAGACCGGGAACCUCUCUUCCGGAAUCAUUCCUGGUGUCAGGAUCACUGCACCCCGGGAUGACGAGGCGGAAGAAGAAGGCACGGCGAGGCGAGGUGGACGAAGGAGACUUCGAGAAGAUCUCGACAAUGUGCCGCGAGUCAAGGAUACAACAGGCGAAAAGGUCAUGGAGCGAUUUGCGAGUUUCCUCGAGAGUUUCACCGAGACUAUCAGUCUUGCCAACCCGACUCCUACACCGGGUUCUGUGCCCGCUUCGAACACCAACCACGAAGAGUCUCGUUAUUAUGUUGAGCAGAUCAAGGCUAUGAAGGACUACGAGCUCACCACGCUCUACGUCGAUAUGCUUCAUCUUCUGGAGAGGGAGGAAGUACUCGCAAGAGCCAUUCGCAGCCAAUACUACCGGUUCUUGCCAUACUUACGAAGAGCCGUCCAAGCCCUGGUCAGACGAUAUGCACCUACAUAUCUCUAUGUGUCCACAUCCGCAAAUGCCACCGCGGCCACCCGCAGUGCUGCAGGAUCCAGCUCGAACCCCGCCCUCAUCACACGUGACUUCAACAUCGCUUUCUACAACAUGCCCUUGGUCAAUUCCAUCCGCGACCUCAAAAUGGAUAAGAUCGGCCAACUCAUGAGCAUUAGUGGGACCGUUACUCGAACCAGUGAAGUGCGACCGGAGCUUGUCGCCGGUACCUUCCGCUGUGAAGAGUGCAAGACUAUCAUCAGCGACGUAGAGCAGCAGUUCAAGUUCACCGAGCCAAACCUGUGCCCGAACGCAACCUGUUCUAAUCGGGUCUCUUGGCAAUUGCUUAUAGAGCAGUCGAAAUUCUCCGAUUGGCAAAAAGUGCGGAUUCAAGAGAACGCCAACGAAAUCCCAACAGGAUCGAUGCCGCGAUCACUCGACGUGAUACUGAGGUCUGAAAUCGUCGAAAAAGCCAAAGCAGGCGACAAGUGUGUCUUUGUGGGGGCUUUCAUCGUGGUGCCCGAUGUCAGUCAAUUGGGUUUGCCUGGAGUCACAGCCGAAAUGAUGAGGCAAAAUCAAGGAGGGCGUUCCGGUCGGGACGUAGGCGGUGUCGCCAACCAGGGAGUAACAGGACUUAAGUCAUUGGGAGUUCGAGACUUAAUGUAUAAGACUGCCUUCCUUGGAUGUAUGGUCCAACAAGCAGAUGCACGCGGUGCAAGCGGGCCUAGAGGUGAUCUCGAGAACGGAGAAGAAGAUCAGGAUGGCUUCUUGAACUCGCUCACACAGCAAGAGGUCGACGAAUUGAAGAACAUGGUCAACGCCGAUCACAUCUAUCAACGUCUCGUAUCGAGUAUUGCGCCUACCGUUUAUGGUCAUGAAAUCGUCAAGAAGGGUAUCCUGCUUCAACUCAUGGGUGGUGUGCACAAGCAAACUUCCGAGGGUAUCAACUUACGAGGAGAUAUCAACGUUUGCAUCGUUGGCGACCCCAGCACAAGCAAAUCUCAAUUCUUGAAAUACGUGUGCGGCCUUGUGCCACGCGCGGUCUACACUUCUGGCAAAGCAUCGUCUGCGGCAGGUCUGACAGCAGCUGUAGUUAAGGACGAAGAAAGUGGAGAGUUCACCAUCGAAGCUGGCGCAUUGAUGCUUGCCGACAACGGUAUCUGUGCCAUUGACGAAUUCGACAAGAUGGAUAUUGGCGACCAGGUCGCCAUUCACGAAGCGAUGGAGCAACAGACGAUAUCAAUAGCCAAGGCCGGAAUUCAGGCGACUUUGAACGCUCGCACGUCUAUCCUUGCAGCAGCCAAUCCCGUAGGAGGUCGAUACAACCGCAAGAUGAGCUUGAGGGCGAACGUGGCGAUGAGUGCGCCCAUCAUGUCCAGGUUCGACCUGUUCUUCGUUGUGCUCGACGAGUGCAACGAAAACGUCGACUUGAAUAUCGCCCAGCACAUUGUCAACGUGCAUAGAUUCCGUGACGAUGCGAUCACCCCAGAGUUUAGUACCGAAGCUCUACAGAGGUAUAUCCGAUACGCUCGGACCUUCAAACCGAAGCUUACAUCAGCUGCUUCAGCCGUUCUUGUCGACAAAUAUCGGUCCUUGCGACAGGAUGAUGGCGGUGGACCGGGCCAAAACUCGUACCGAAUCACUGUGCGACAGCUCGAGAGCAUGAUUCGACUCAGCGAAGCUAUUGCUCGGGCGAAUUGCCAGAACGACAUCACGCCAAGUAUGGUUCGUGAAGCAUACGCCUUGCUACGACAGUCUAUUAUUCACGUCGAGCAAGACGACAUUGACUUUGAGGACGAUACGGAUGACGUCCUGCCCGCGCCUGAAGAAGGGCCCGAGGGAGUCGUCACCGAGGCCGACGUCGACAUGGCAGAUAUCGCCGCUGCCGAAGCGGCAGAAGCCACAUACAACGCCUCAAGUCUGUUGAAUGGAGCCUCUAGCUCGGCACCAGCGGGUUCCGAGGGCGGGGUCAGCAACUCCGGCCCUACCCGCAGUGAAGUACCCCAUGACAGUUUGCCACCGACUCGCAGGAAACUCCGAAUCACUUACAACAAGUACAUGGACAUCAUGAAUUUAUGUGUUCUUCACUUGAGCGACGUGGAACGAACCACCAGCCAAGGCGUAGAUCGAGAAGAAUUGGUGGAAUGGUACCUCGAGCAGAAAGAGCACGAGUUGACAAGCGUCGCCGACCUGGAUGACGAGCGGGAAAUCAUCGGCAAAGCUCUGACCAGGCUCGUCAAGGACAAAUACCUUAUGGAAUUGCGCGGAGCUGUUGGAGACAGCAUCGGCGACGAGACAAUGGAUGCUUCAUCCACAGACCACGCUCAAGUUCACUAUGUCGUCCAUCCCGAGAUCGAUCCAUCGAAUCUCUCCUCUUCUAACACUUUUUGACCGGGUUCAGCCUGGAGCAGACCUGCCAGCCUUCCACUCGAGAAGGAUUACCCUCUCCCGAUCGUGUAGUCCGCGUCCCCUCUUCGAUAAUUUCGUUGUACUCUGCGUCUCAGAGGUCAGGACGAUAACCUGUAAUUCCUGCAAUCGGUCAGAUCCAUUCUGCCUCGGUCGUGUGCGAGUUCGGUGCGGAUGCUUUUCUUCAUGAUCCUUGGAGCGUGACGCGAUGACACCCUCCCCUAGUCUCGCUGGAGGCGAUCGAAGUGUUGGUCUCAUUCCCGACGAUGAUGAAUCACGAUCAAUAAUAUGCCACCU